CCAUUUUUUGGGUGGUUUGCAUGCAAACCGCUCCAAGUGACAAAGUGUCCGUUGUAUUUUUUUGGAAGUGAAUCUAAAACUAAUAUACGUGAGUAUUACAAAAUCUAUACUAUUUUACAGGAUGCUACAUACUUUUCUUAAACUUCCGUCAAAAUACAAAUUCUUGAAAUUGAAUUAUUGUGCAUUAUGUUAAAAAUACAACAUAGGUGAAUCAUAAGAAAUUCUUGGAAAAACAAAAUACGUUUACAAAUAUUUUGAAUAUAGAAAAAUUUCCUCCAUUUAGUGGUGGUUGGUUAAUAGUAAUUAAAAAAAUUACCUCUUGUUUACAUAAAGUGAUGAAUCACUUGUACAUUAUAGGUUGUCGAAAUCUUAAAAAGAAAAUGUAAUAUUGAAAAUAAAUGUGCAAAUUGGUUCAAAUAACAAUUUAUUAACAUUAUUACGUACGCUAUCACUUAACGACCUUUCGAGAAUAUUUAUUCAUUUAUAUCAUGAUUUUCGCAGAAAAACGUGAAGCUUUUAUUUCUCCCUGUUUCUCUAUAAUACUUACAUUAUAUAUAUAUAUAUAUAUAUAUAUAUAUAUGAUUGCAUUAUAGGUCAUAUCACCUAGAUAUAACACUUUUAUUUCUCAAUUUUAAAACUUUUAAGGUAUCUGUUUUUCACUUAGGCAAGUAAUAAAAUAUUAAAAGCCAGAAUAUUAGUGACAACAGAUUAUAACAUAUAUCCAUGUAAUAUUGGAAAUCCGAACCGUAACUAAGAUUAACAGUAUCGUACGCGCAGGAUAGUUUCAUUAGGUGCUAAGUAGAUACAAUGAUCAAAAGAGAAAAAAAGAGAAUACUUAGCUUGUUUUAAGAGAGAAGGCUAUAAUGUGUGAAAUUGCUAAGCACACAUUCUAUUCGACGAUACGACGUAGUCGCGAGCCCCACAAGACCCCUUCUUUUGGAGAUUCUCUCAUAACGAGGCUGUAGCAAAAAGCAGCAAACUGUUGUUAAAACUAGUCAGUUAUAAUCAAACUCUCGCAGGAGCAACAUUUAGUGUUAUUAAUACAGAUUUCGCUACAAGAUCAUUUAGAAAACCAUACAGCGGCUCUAUAUAUUAGUAACAGUCAUAACGUGAAGUUUCCCUGUUUUAAGUGAAACAAAUUAUAAAGUGAUAUUAACCAUUCUGUUAAAUUGUUAAGUGCUUAAAUGAGGAUAUUAUUAAUUCACUAAAAUCAUCACGACAGUGUAGUUUCGAAAAAAAAAAAUAGUAUUUAGUAAGGAAAAUUGCUUGUGAUACACAAUACAUUAUUAAUGAGAACGUUUACUUUAGAAUUUUUUGACGAUUUUUUUAAACAUUUUAAGUGUGUGCUGGUAGUUAGUUAAAUAAAAAAAAAUAUCACAGAAUAUUUGAUAUUUUUCCCUCUCUUCCAACCAUUCAACUCACCUUCGUGGAGUGUUUGCUUGCAGUACAAAGACGAAGUUCAAAAGAAGCUUCCUCGAUAUUUCCACAAGAGCAUAGCCAGAAGAGAAAUAUCUUACUUUUACUUUUGGGAAGUAACUUUAAACAAUCAACCCAACUGAUUUAUUAUUUAUAAGAGGCGAGACAGCAAUUAAAAAUAUUUCGGGACUACAUAGAAUGGUAGAAAGUGAUUCUGAUACUAACACUUCAAAUAAUUGUAAUGUAACUGAUGAUCGAUUAAAGAACGGCGUUGGAUCAAAAGAGCUAGAGUUGAAGAAUAUCUCUGCUCCAGUAAAUUCAAAUUCGCGUUCAGAUUUAGCAAUACCAACACUUGAGGCAUCUAAUUUAAAGGAAAAAAGUCUCAAAGACCCAGAAAAAGGUCACAGUCUCAAAGCGGACUUUGAAGAAGCGAUUGAACUCGCUGGAUAUGGACGCUUUCACUACAUAUUACUAGCAAUAUGUGGAUUAGUGAGCACGAGCGAGGAGAUGGACGUCAUCUCGAUGUCCUUUAUCCUCCCAUCGGCUCAGUGCGAUCUUAACCUAAACACCCAGACAAAGGGAUGGCUCAACUCAAUUAUCUUCAUUGGAAUGAUGGUUGGUGCCUAUGCAUGGGGCAGCGUGGCUGAUUCGCUGGGCAGAAAAAAGGUGCUGAUUGUCAUCUCCAUAAUGAACGCCAUGUGUAUCGUAGCAUCAUCAUUUUGCCAAACAUAUGCACUCUUCAUGGUGUUCCGAUUCCUUAACGGAGCUGCUUUGGGCGGAAGUGGACCGGUCAUCUGGUCUUAUUUUGCAGAAUUUCAGCCAAAGUCCAAGCGUGGCUCAAUGUUGAGCUUCAUGGCAGCAUUUUGGACACUGGGCAAUCUCUUUGUUGCGGGUUUGGCAUGGCUCAUCAUACCCUCAUCUAUAGGCCUCUACACACCAUAUUUCAUUUAUAAUUCAUGGCGAAUUUUCCUUCUAGUGUGCUCGCUACCAUCAUUCCUUGUGGCAGCACUACUGUUGUAUCUACCCGAAAGUCCUAAAUUUCUUCUAUCUCAGGGGCGCAAUGAGGAAGCAUUGGCAAUUUUCCGGGGCAUCUUUGUAACAAAUACUGGCAAAUCAAAAGACCUCUAUCCAGUAAAAGAAUUACUCAUAGAUGCUAAACUUCAAACAGAACUUGAACAAACCUCAAAGCCCAUAAAAGGGAAGUAUUUGACGAUGUUGGCUGAUAUAAUGGACAACAGUAAACAACUCUUCAUGUCACCAAUACUCAAGUUUACCAUAAUAUCAAUUACAAUUAAUUUUACAUUCCACAUUGGUUACUACGGAUUGAUGAUGUGGUUUCCUGAACUUUUCAAUCGUUUUGAUGAAUAUUCACGUAAUCAUCCAGGAGAGGAGGCAUCUGUAUGUGAAGUCACUAAAUAUGUAGUGAGUUCUGGCUCACAUUCAGAUACUGGAGUCUGCUCUGCGAAAAUACCAAGUACGGUAUUUAUGGAAUCCCUUAUUACGGUGGCCUCUGCCCUGCCCGCCAAUAUACUUGCUGUUGUCGGAAUGGAUCGUCUUGGUAGAAAAUUCUUCCUGGUAUUUAGUACAGUAUCUGCUGGUCUCUGUUCAGCUGGAAUGUACUUUGUCUACAAUAAAACGCACAAUCUCAUUGUAUCAGCAGUAUUCAGUGGUGUUAUAUCCUGUGGAAAUGCAGCAUUGGAUUGCCUUAUCACUGAAGUGUUUCCCACAAAUCUCAGAGCCACUGGUGUUGCUAUUUCGAUGGUUGCAGCACGUCUUGGUGGAAUCAUCGGCAAUGUAGUCAUAGCCACUCUCUUGGACAUGUACUGUCCAGCCCCAACAUUUAUUGUGGCAUUCCUUCUUGCUGGCGGUGGUCUUAUGUGUCUUUUCUUGCCCAACACUACACGCACUGCACUUUCCUGAUAUCGCCUCAAAUCACAUCUGGACCCCAUUACAUUUAAUUGGGGGCUUUCAAAAAGAAAAUUAAAGAAUUUUUCCUAAUCUCAAUCUUAGGAUAGCAAAUAUUCACCACUUUAGUAUAUUAUCUAGUACAUAAUUGUAAAUCCAGGUUAAAAUGGGUAAGAAAACUCAAAUACUACAUAUUAUGUUAACACCAAUAGAGUAGCAAAAAUUAGCUAAAAGUUUGAAUGUCAAUGCACAUCCUUCAUAAAUUAACUUGAUUUAUUAAAGGGUGCUUCAAUCAGUUACCUUUACUCUAUGUUUAAUUUUUUGUUCAUUUAAGAAAUUCAUUUAUAUUUUAUAUUCUGGCUGACUAUAUUUUACUAUUUUGAUAGGUAAAUAUAGUUCCAAGUUGUGCCAUAACUAUAAAUAUCUGUAUAAUGACAUGAAAUAAACCAAACCCUGAUUCCGAAGUCCUAUGUAUAUGUAAUGUUUAUUCUCAAUCUAAUAAAUUGUUAAUAGCACGGUAAAGGAAAUAGUAGAAUAUAGUGUAGUUUGCAGUAUUUAUCGAACACAUUGGAAAAUACACAACUUUCAAAAGAUAUUUUGUAUUUACUUCUCCAUUCCCUUAAACCAUUCCAAUAUUAUUGUAUCAUAAGUGUGUAAUAUUCCAUUUGAAUAAAUAAAAUAUGAAUUUAUAAA